AUGAAGCUUACUGCUGCUAUCGUUCUAGUCUCUGGGCUCCUGUCCGGCACCGCCUUGGCACAUGGCGACCCUCUUGGCCACCACGAGGUCAGGCGCCGUGCCAACCUCUCGAAGCGAUGCGAGGGUGCGGCUGCCAAGAUGAAUGAGAAACGCUAUGCCAACCAAAUGAAGAAGCGUUGGGAUAAUGGCCGCAAUACCAGCUUCACCAUCCACACAGAGGCGCCUUACUACGAUGUCAUCCAGAACGAUACCUGCAUCGUGACUCCUGACGUCACCCGGGGCCCGUAUGUGUGGCCUCGCUCCGAGAUAUUGAGGCAAGACAUGACUGGGGGCCAGGCUGGUGUCCCUCUCUGGCUUGAUAUCGGCGUCCUGGACGUUAGCACCUGCGAGCCACUCGAGGAUGUGCUAGUGGCCUUCUGGCACUGCAAUGGCACAGGGAGUUACUCGUCUUUCACCGGACUGGACCCCAACACCGACUUUGCGACUCUCCUAAAUGAGCUCAACGUCACCGAUUUCACCAUCGGCGAGACGGACCUGCACACGGACGAUACUACGUUCCUGCGUGGGAUGUGGCCCACCAAUAAGGAAGGCAUGCUGGAGAUGAAGACGAUCUUCCCGGGCUUCUACGCAGGGCGCGCUAUUCACAUUCACACCGAGGUCUACAAAGACUGGGUCCUGCAUGAUAACGGCACCGUCCGCACCGGCGACAUCGUCAACGUCGGCCAGCUCUUUUUUAACGAGUCCGUCAUCGGGGAGAUGAUGGCUCUCGAGCCCUAUGCUUCGCACACUCAAAUCAAUCGCACAACCAACGCUGAAGACACCAUCAUGGCUGAGUCUCAGGAGGGAGGUUACAACCCCGUGAUGAGCGUUGUCCCCGCUGACGGCAUAGAUAUCGCCAAUGGAAUGAUUGGCUAUAUCACAAUGGGUGUUGAUCUGACGGAUACAACUGCUCUGGAUACGUCGCCCACGAAAAGGGGUCUGUCUAAUAUGCACGACACAUCAGACUAG